CAGAGUUGGUGCUGGUUGGACUAUGGCGAGGCUCGGGUUGUUGUAUUUGUUUGUCGGGGUUGUAUUGUCGUUGUUGUCGAGUCACGGGUUUUGUGCGGAGUUUCUCUUCCGGUUUGGAUCUUACUAUGCCGAUCACAUGGUGUUACAGAAAGAACCUGGCCGAGCUGUGGUUUGGGGAUAUGGUGCAGUGGGAGCAAUAAUCCGUGUGUCGGUCCGGACAGACAACAACACAUUAACUCAUGAAGUAACAAGAGUGAACCAAGGUGUCUGGAAUGUUUUCCUUCGCCCUUUUGGUCCAGGUGGUCCAUUUUGGAUUAUUGCAGAGCAGAAUUAUUCCAGAAGAGUGGAAAGAAUUGUUUUAAAAGAUGUUUAUUUUGGAGAUAUCUGGCUGUGCGGUGGGCAAAGCAAUAUGGAGAUGACAGUAUUGCAGAUUAUUAAUGCAAGUGAAGUGCUCUCGCUUGCUUCCCAUUAUCCUUAUAUACGACUCUUCCAAGCAGGAUUGAGUGAAUCAGCUGAAGAGUUGAAUGAUCUUGAUAGCAUUGCGGUACAGUGGUCGAUUCCCACUGCAGAGAUUCUUGGACAAGGCAACUUCACCUCAUUCUCGGCUGUCUGCUGGUUGUUUGGUCAAUACCUCUAUGAUAAGCUACAGUAUCCUAUCGGCUUGGUGGAAUCAUGUUGGGGAGGAACUCCCAUUGAAGCUUGGUCUUCCCAACGAGUCCUGCACAAAUGUGAAAUUCCUUUCAGUAUUGGCAAUCGAGUAAAUGAAAAAAGUGGUCCCCAUCAACCUACUGUUUUGUGGAAUGCAAUGAUACACCCUCUACGUAGAAUGACAAUCACAGGAGCCAUCUGGUAUCAAGGUGAAGCAAACACAAAUUGGCACAUUGCACAGUAUAACUGCACCUUCCCGGCAAUGAUAGAGGAUUGGAGGCAGGUUUUCCAUCAAGGCUCUGGAGGAGCCACACAAAUAGACUUCCCUUUUGGAUUUGUCCAGCUGUCCACAUACCACCAUGCUGUCCCAGACGAUUCUUUCCCAUGGAUACGUUGGCAUCAAACCGCUGAUUUUGGUUAUGCUCCAAACCCAAAGAUGAAGAGAACAUUCAUGGCAGUCGCAAUGGACCUAGGUGAUGAGAAAUCACCUUAUGGCACCAUUCAUCCUCGAUACAAACAAGAUGUCGCAUAUAGAUUGUACCUUGGCGCUCGAGCAGUGGCUUACAAAGAAACAGCAGUCGUUUUCCAGGGCCCAUUUCCUAAGGAUGUCCAGCUCAAGAACAGCACAGAAUUGACCAUCAUCUACACGCAGGAGCUGACAGUGCUGGAGCUCAGUCAUGAUAUAUUUGAGGUGUGUUGCUGUACAACAUGGAAUUUGUCUAACUGUAAGUGGAUCUCUGUCCCCAUUGUCGACCAUUCUGUCAAUUCAAUAUCUUUAUCUCUAAAUCAGUGUCACCAGAAGGUGACUGGUAUCCGUUAUGCUUGGAUGGAGUGGCCAUGUGACCUGAAGAAGUGCCCCUUAUACAGCAAAGAUUCUAACUUACCUGCUCCAACAUUCAUGAUACAACCAGCCCACAAUGGACCAUUCUGAAUGUCGCCUGUCAAACCGUUGCUAUAAAAUAAAUUUUAGGGAUAUUUAGACUGUUUAAAAUAUGACCAACUUUAGUGCCAGUCUAGGUCUCCUUCCAUUGGGGUGAUGCAAGUCUGAUAUUUCAUGUACUGAAUUUGAAAGGUCUGUGGAAAUUUUGAAUCCAAUGUGAUCCUGUCAGACUUUUUAAUAUUAAUACAUUUUCUGCUUUUUCUAAUGUGUGAAAUAAAUAAAUCUUAGGAGGGUUCACAAGCUGGAACUAUAGCAUUGACUUUCCUGCAUGAUAUGAAUAUUUUAAAUUGAAUAAUAAACUUAUACAGGCAGUAAUCUGCUCAGGGAUCUAACAAUAUUGGGUAAUUGAUAAAUUUAUCAAUAGCAAAUAGUGUUUGUAUUUUAAUUAAAAAUUGAGUGAAACACUUAUAGAAUAUAAAUUACAAUCUUGGCUGUGAUCAGUGAGUGUUUGCAAUAAUUUUAAUAGGAACAAUUUUAAUGGGGCAGUAUGGUGGCUCAGUGGUUAGCACUGCUGCCUCACAGCAUCAGGGACCCAGGUUCAGUUCCAGGCU